AAGCGAAAUCUUAACUGACCUUAACUGAGCUACCGGCGGGCUGAACUGGGAGCACUGGUGUGCACUGGGAGCACUGGUCUGUGCUGGUUCCGCCAUGGCGCUGCCAUCCGCUGCUCUCCUGCCCGGCCUUCUGCUGGUGGCCGAUGCCCUGGCGCUGGUGUUACUGGUGCCGCUGGUACCGCUGCUGGCUCCGCUGGGCGUGCCGGGCGUGUGGCUCGAAGCCGCCCUGCGCCUGCCCGUCCUGCUCGUGGCCACCUGGCUGCUCGCCCCGCGCCGUCCCCCCGGGGCCACCGCGGCCGCCCUGACGGUGGCCGCCACCCCCGCAGCCUUCGGAACCUUGCGGUCCCUCCUGGGCCCGCCCGGGGCCGGCCCGGGGCUCUUGGCGGCCGCCUCGCCCGCCUGGCUCGGGGUCGCCCACGCAGCUGCCGCACUGGCCCAGCUGGCCUGGGCCGCGCCCCCGGUCCCUGGCGGUGACCCUGAGACCCCCGGCGACGUCCCCAAGGCUCCUGGCACCGUCUGGCGCGUUCUGGCACUGACCUGGGAGGAGCGGAACGUCCUUGGAGCUGCCGUCCUCUGCCUCGUGCUGGCGGCCACUGGGGAGACACUGGGACCCUACGUCACCGGGAAGGUGCUGGAUGCCAUCGGCAGUGGGGAUGGACUCACCGCCGGAGCUGUCGGCAUGGUGGCGGCUGCUGGAGCCACCAGCGUGCUGUUCUCUGGGUGCCGUGGGUGCUUCUUCCUGCUGUUGAAAGCACGUCUCCGUCAGAGCCUGAGCCUCCGGCUCUUUUCCCACCUGGUGCACCAAGACUUGGAUUUCUUCCAGGGAACGCCGGCAGCUGAGCUCCUGGCUCGGUUUUCCACCGAAGUGCCUCAGGUGUGCUCGGCGGCACCGACUGCAGCCAACUUUCUGCUCCGAAGCCUGGGAAUGGCCCUGGUGGUGGGGGUGUUCAUGGUGGGGCUGGCACCGGGCCUGGCGCUGCUGGCACUGCUGGAGGUGCCCCUUGCAAUCACCACCCGCCGCAUCCAGAGCGCCCGGAAACAGGCACUUCAGCAAUCCAUGCUGGAAGCAUCUGCCCGGACAGCCUCGGGGGUGCAGGAAUCUGUCGCCGCCAUCGAGACAAUCCGUAUCUUUUCGGCGGAGGAGGAGGAGGAGGAGCAACACAGCUGCAACCUGGCCAAGGAGCUGAGGCUGAAGGAGCGGAUAAAGCUGGAGCUGGCAUUCUUCACCCUUGUCCACAGGAUGCUCCACCUGACCAUCCGGGUCCUAGUGCUGUUCCGGAGCCAUCAGCUGCUCCGUGAUGGACGCAUCACUCCGGGGGUCCUCGUCACCUUCCUGCUGUACCAGAACACGGUUGGCAGUCAUGUCCAGGUGCUGCUCUACGGCUUCAAUGAAUUCCUGACCAACGCGGCUGUCGGCUGGAAGAUCUGGGAAUACCUGGAUAGGAAACCCACCAGGGACGUCGGGGGGACGCGGGAGCCCCCUGAGCUUCAGGGCCACGUCACUUUUCAGAAGGUCUCCUUCACGUAUCCUGGGAAUCCAGAGCGCCCUGUGCUGAAGGAUGUGAGCUUUGAGGUGCGCUCCGGGGAGGUGACGGCGCUGGCGGGGCCCAAUGGAAGCGGGAAGAGCACGGCCCUGGCACUGCUGGAGCGUCUGCGGGAGCCUGGCAGCGGGAAGGUGCUGCUGGACGGGAUCCCACUGCCAGAAUAUGAACACCAGUACCUGCACCGGAAGGUGGUGCUGGUGGAGCAGGAUCCCGUCCUGUUUUCUGGAACGAUCCGUGAAAACAUCGUGCUGGGGCUGGAACACUGCAAAGAGUCAGAGCUGCAGGAGGCCGCCACUGCUGCUGGAGCCAUGGACUUCAUCCAGGGGCUGGAGCAGGGCUGGGACACUGAGGUGGGGGAGCGCGGGGGACGGCUGGCGGCGGGGGAGCGGCGCCGUGUGGCCCUGGCCCGGGCUCUGCUCCGGCGGCCGGCCGUCCUCAUCCUCGACGAGGCUCUGGAUGACGGAGACGAGGGGGCGGCACAGCGCUGGGUGCGCACCGGGCUGGCCCAGACCGUGCUGGUGGUGUCGCACCGGGGGCGGGUGCUGGAUGCCGCCGAUCGCCUGGUGGUGCUGGAGAGCGGAGCCGUGGUGGAGAGCGGGACGCCGGCCGAGCUGCGGCAGCGCUGCGGCGCCUACAGCCGCCUGCUCCUCGGUGGAGGCAGCGCGGAGGCCCCCAGCAUGGGCAGCGAGAAGGGGGCUGCAUCCGGCAGGGAAUGAAGGGCAGUUAGCCCCAGUGUCCCCAUUCCUGGUGUCACCAGCCAGCUCCUGUCCCAUUAAUCCCUUAUCCCUGCAUCCUCUGCAUCCCAGCUCCCUGUGCUGCCUGUGUCUCCAGGUCUGCCCAUUCCUUGGAUGUCUGUGUCCCCUGGAUCCCCACUCCCCAUGUCCCCUGUAUCCUUCUCUGUGCACAGAUCACCGUAUCCAAGCCCCACCCUAUGAUCCCCAUGUCCCCCAUAUCUGCUCCUGGACAUGAGAUGCACAGUGGGAAAUAAAUCCCAAGGGAAGGACCUGGGUGUGGGUGUCAUAUCCUCAUCACACGCCUGCUGUGCUCACUCCAAGCUCCUGAUGUCCCCAGUCCUUUCCCAUUGUCCCCAUCCCUAUCCCCAGUGUCUUCAUCCCAGUUCCCUAUGUUCCCUUUUCUAUUCAUGGUUCCCAGAGAGGAACUGCUAAGCACCGGAGGAGGAGGAAAUUGGGAUUUAUUGCCCAAACCAGGGUAUUAUCACACCAGAAUUAAAAUGAUUUAUUUUGUAUUUAA